ACAAGCAAUUGACAUAUUUGGUUAUUCAGUGAUCCCUAGCAAGGCUGGAAGGGAAAUUGUUUGUUUCAGGACAUUGUGAGGUUUACAGGUGCUCAUGUUUCAUUCUGCUAUCGGGGAUAAGUUAAACCAGUUCAUACCCUCUCCCUCUUCACCCCAUCCUGUUAAACAGUUACCUGUGCAGUACCAUGUUGCCACUGCUGGAGGAGAUCAGUGCAGCUCACACUCAGAAGAUGCUCAGGAAUGCUGCCACACCUGAUGACUGCUGAGAAUGGAACGAUUUUACAUUAAGAUCAAUGGACGCAGCCUCAUACAGCAUUGACAAACCAUUUUUUAUCUCUGAUAGUGCGGUCCCUCUGCUAUUGAAGAUUAGAUACUGGAUGUCUGACUGCAGAAGAGCAGCUGGAACAGCAGCUCAGUGAGUUGAGGAAUACUGGUUGGCUCCAGCAGUCAGGCAUAUAACAGGAGUCCACGGCUGCGUGAUUGCUCCGUGGAAAACGUGAGCAGAAAGAGGAAUAUGAACUGAAGGAGCCGCAGUCGAACCUCGUGAAGAAGGAAUACGCUGGUAAUUUUCACUCAGGAUAUCCCCGUUCCGUCAGGGAAUCGCCUGUUUUUGCAGUCAAGAAUAACUUCAGAAGACCAGCACCAUGAUGACUGCACGUGAAAAAAUCAAGAAGAAACCGCCUAAAGACAGUUUGACGCUGCUACCCUGCUUCUAUUUCGUAGAGCUACCCAUUGUGGCGUCCUCCAUGGUUUCACUGUAUUUCCUGGAACUGACGGAUGUGCUCCAGCCAGCACAGGUGGGAUUCCGCUGCCAUGACCGUUCACUCAGCAUGCCAUACGUGGACAGCGGCGAUGAGCUCAUCCCUCUGCUCAUGCUCCUGAGUCUGGCGUUCGCCGGCCCUGCUGCCUCUAUCAUGAUAGGUGAAGGUCUGCUGUAUUGUAUGCAGUCCAAACUGAAGGUCCGUCCAGGGAUUGAGGGAAGCAUAAAUGCUGGUGGAUGUAAUUUUAACUCUUUCCUGCGGAGAACCGUUCGUUUUGUUGGGGUUCAUGUGUUCGGUCUUUGUGCAACAGCACUGGUUACUGAUGUCAUCCAGCUAGCCACUGGCUACCACACACCGUUCUUUCUCACAGUGUGCAAACCCAAUUAUACUGUCCCAGGUGUGUCCUGUGACAAGAACCCUUACAUCACCAAAGACAUUUGCUCUGGCCAGGAUCAGCAUGCUAUUCUGUCUGCCAGGAAAACCUUUCCUUCCCAGCAUGCAACCCUCUCUUCCUUUGCUGCUGUUUAUAUUUCAAUGUACUUCAACUCAACAAUCUCUGAUAGCACCAAGCUGCUCAAACCCGUUCUGGUGUUUGCCUUUGCCAUUGCGGCUGCGUUGACGGGACUCACUCAGAUCACCCAGUACCGCAGUCACCCUAUCGAUGUUUACGUUGGGUUCUGCAUUGGCGCUGGUAUUGCUGCAUACCUGGCUUUCCAUGCUGUUGCCAACUUCAAAUCUCCAGAAGACGCUGUCAUCCCACAACCCCCUCCUCUGCAAAAGGAUGCUUUGAGGGCUCUGGCCCAGAGAGGCCACGACUCUGUCUAUAACAAAGGCCAUGCUUCUGAAAGCAAUGAGGAAAUAACAUCACCAGCAUCCCUAGAUGGGUUAAACCGGCCUGUACAGCGGGAGAAAACCUCACUGGGAAGCUUAAAGAGAGCCAGUGUGGACGUGGAGCUACUGGCGCCUCGCAGCCCAAUGGGCAAGGAGACCAUGGUAACCUUCAGCAACACAUUACCCCGUGCUACAGCUCCAGAGGAGCCAACAAGACGUCUGGUGACAGUACCUGUUCCAGUACCACUGGACCCCAUGCGCUCACAGCAAUUAGUGUCCGAAUGGAAGCAGAAGUCAAUGGAGAUGCGAGGUGGCAGCUUGCCCGAUGAGGACACCAGCGAGGCAGGCUCAGAUGGUGGAAACGACACAACCACAGAGGAGGACAGCGUCCACUCUUCAGUCUAUUCAUCUGUUCAACCCUCAGCCAAGCCGGUUAACCCACCUGCAGGUGCGAGAGUAGUGAUGCCCCCUCGUCCCCCAGCACAGCCCUCUGUCCCUCCGCCUGUGUCUCCUAAAAGCGCCAGCACUCGGGCCAAAUGGCUGUCCAUCACAGAGAAAAGUGGUGCUAAUAUUCCAGUUCUCAAGGCAGGAAAUCAGCCUCGGAUCAUGCAGGUCAUUGCCAUGUCCAAGCAACAGGGACUCCUGUCUGGAUCGGCCAAAUCCUCAGAGACUUCGUCCUCUUCUGGUACCUCAUCCAUCACGGGCACAGAGUCAUCGCCUAAUCGUUCAGAACGUGACAGCGGUUCAGGGAUCAUCACCGUUGAUGCUCACGCCCCCCACCACCCUGUAGUUCGCAUGACCUCCAACCCCAACAACCCCUGGGAGUGGAGAGGAUCUUCUGACGGAAACAUGGCCGAGUCAUACGAGCUUAAAAACCUCAACCGCGACGGUUCCCGCAGUUACCGUAACGUCAGGAGCAGCUCUCCUUGUUCCUCCGCCAGUGAGGUUGACCACGGGCUGCCCCAGCCUCCUCAACCUCCCCAGCCACCACUUCCCCCUCAACUCCCACCCGUGGGUCAAAUCUCAGAGGGUCGCAGUAUGCGCCGCAAGACCCCUCUAGUGCUUCUAGAUAGGGAGGGCAAUCUAACCCACACUGAACAGGACAACUACUACAAAAAGCUACAAAGUGGCAGGCAUUUCAAAGAGUGACAAUGUGCUUAUAUAUAAGCACAACUACACUUUUUGGUCUUUUGGUUUUAAUUAUUGAUUUGAUUCCAUAAGGAAUAUCAGAAUAACCGGACACACUACACUUUGAGUCAGUAGAGCUUUCGGGGGAUGCUGCUUCUGACGACUUAAGAGCACAAUGGUUUUUUGCCCUCUGAGGGCAAACCAAACUCCAUCAUCAAUUCUCAUCAGUUGUAUUUACGUAAUCUUCAUAUUAUCAAAUUCCUACAAGGCAGAUUUUAAAGUAAGGUUUGGGUUUAUUUUUAUUGCUGCUCUUUUUGUUUUUACUUAACGUGUGACUGAGAUGUCAAGUUGAAUUUAUGUGUAUGUGUGUUUACGCACGAUUGUUUAGUGUAUGUUGUGGUGAUACAGUAAUAUUAGAAAACAUUUGAUUGCCUUGUAACACUCAUGGUGAAAAACAAUGUUUUGUUGGCUCUUUAUGAAUGAUAAUUGCUUUGCAAAAGGGUAGCGUCCUUCAUUGUACAUCUGACUUACAUAAUUGCUGAUUAACUGUUUUGGACAUUCUGCAAAUCUACUGAAGUCACCCUGUGAAAAGUGGUGGAAAUAUGGAAGCACUUUGAACAAGCACUUAUAAAUCACUUCAUCUCUUUGUGUGUUAACAAGUGAGAUGAAUUGGAUUGUUUGUGAGGUAUUCCAAAGGAAUAUUAGACUGACCUGGACUCUUCAAGGAAAGUAUUUUCUCAUCGAUCAUGUACCUUAAAGUGUGAAGAAUUCAAUGCAGGUCGCACAUUUUAUGUGAAAGGAACAUUUUUGGUGUAAAUCACAAAAAAGAUUCUCUGGGAUUUAUCUGUAAUAGUUAGCGGUAUCCUUGUCAUGCUGUUUCCCAGAGGUUCUCCUCUAAAUGAACUUGAUGCAUGUUAUGUGAGUGUUGUCAAGGUGGAAGUGAAGCCUUGUCAGUGAAGAAUUCCAAUCUGUUCCAAUGUACAUUUGCAGCUGUCACUGCAGGUUGAAUUCUGUGUGUGUCAGCUCACUCUUCACGGUGCUCUGAGCUGCUCUUGGAUCUCUGUAGAUGGUUGUCCGUAAUGGAUGCUUCGUGCUGUUGAUGCAGUUUCUGAAAAAGACAUCGUAAAUGACAACAAUAAACAAGCUGCUGUAAAUUAGUGUAUGCAAAUUGUAAUCUGUAACACAGUUAGUGGUGGAGAUAUAGAUUCUAAACCAAUCGGUAGACGUUUGAGAGUGAUGUGCAUGAGAGGUGUCUUCAAUGAUCUCAAUUUAAAAGGAUAGUUCACCCAAAAAUGAAAAUUCUCUCAUUGAUUACUCACCGUUUGUUUCACCAUUGAUUCUGACCCUGCAUAGACAGCAACGCAACUGACACAGCAUUUGAUUGUUACACUACCCUCUGGGUGAAAUUCUGGGUUUACCUUUUUUGGUCAUUUUAUUGGGUUGUUUUUAAUAUUUUUACCCAGGUGCUGGGUCAUUUUUUAAUGCUGGGUUAUUUUUCCUACCCAACCGCUGGGUUGAGUCUGUCUCCGACGAAACAACCCAGCUGUUGUGUUACAGUCAGAGUGCUGGCUUUUUCCGUCCUCUACAAGAGAGAGCGGUUCUCAGUGCCGUGCACUUCUUCAAUGAAAUAAGGUUUGUAUAUAUUUUAUUUAAUUUAUAAAGACUGUGCUGUAAAUUAUAUUAUGUUAAACAACGCAACAUACCAGGACGAGAUGCCAGUCGUUUCACACGAUGCAAACGCCUUUUGCCUUGCUUAACAUAAACUGAUUUUAUUCAUUAUAAUACUGACCUUAAUUUAAUUUGAUGUUAAAAUAUGUUUUCUAAUCUCAGUACUGUUUGUUUAUGGGCAGGUUAUGGAGUCAGUCACAGCAUUUUUCGGAGAGUGAAACGCGGGGUGGCGGUUUGAGGUUCACAGUUCCCCAGGCAGCCCAUCACUGGCUCAGAUUUCAGCAACACACCGGCAUGAGAAUUAGCAAUAUUUUGGUGAAAAGUAAUUACAGAGAAUGAAUGAAUACACUUAAAUUAAAAUGCUACUUUAAAUGUUCCAUUUUUUAUUUCUAAAGCAAUUGUUAAAUAUGUUUUAAUGGUAUGUAAUAUUGUAAACUAUGCUGUAUUC